UGACAAUAUAAAAGUUUAACUUCUUAAUAUUAAUAAUUUAAUACUCCGUAAUAUUUAACACAAGAAAAGUUAUUCCAUUAUACCGGAGACCGGAGUAUAUGGCUGUCCUCCGACGGCCGUACUCACUAUUAUCCGGCGGCCGUAUUUAUGUCAAUUAUACUAUAUACACAUAUACACGCCGUCCAUCGUCUAUAUAUAUCUAUAUGAGAUCAGACUGGGAAAGGAAACUUUGGACUGAUUUAAUUUGCGGAGGCGGUGGAGAAGAGCGAGAGGCUGGGGAGCUUGAUUUCGCCGGAGUGGGAGAGCGGGAUGGUGAUGUUUCCGGCGACGGGAAGGUCAACGACGAGGCUGAGCUCGAGCUGAUAGUCAAUGUCCCAGUCUCGACCGAUAUCCCGAGCCAAGCUCACGACCACGCUGUGCGGCACCUUCACCGGCACGUCGAACUCCGUCGUCUCCUUCCCCUUCACCGACCCGGGGUCCGGGACGGUGCCGGAGGCUAUCACCCUGCCGGCGCUCUUCAGGACGUACCCGAUCUCGCAGAUGGGGAUGGAGACCGGGAAUGGGUUUUUCACGGAGACCUUGGCGUGGUAUGAGAUUCCGUCCAUGCCGAUGCCCUUGACGUCGACGUCGGUGAUGCUCGCCUCCGGUUUCUCCAUCUCGGCAAGCUUUCCGGUCACCAUGUUCUUGGCCUUUCCUACUAAAUCCAUUUUAUUUUUCUUAAAUUAUUGAGAAUCUACCUACGGUUGUAAAUGCAAG